AAAACAACUUGUUCAUAUGAACGACAAAAAUCAGGGCCUUAAGUUUUAAACAAAAAUUAAAACAAUAUAUAUACGGCAUGGAAGACCCAUUAAAACCGAAGCCAGUACCGCUGGCUGCCGAAACAGUUUUGUGGUUUGAAUUCCUGCUCGAUCCGCACAAAAUAACCCAGCACUUACAAUGCAAAAAUCCCGAGCCCAGCGCAGCGGAGCUGAUUGUGCAGUUCAUCAGCAUGACGCCGGACACAGCGAUUGCAUCCACAGUGGUGACUCCCGGCAGCGAUAUACAGAGCUUGGGAGGCGCCAAUGCCACCACGCCCGCCACCUCAGCUGCACUCAAUGUGCAACAGCGACAGGCAGAGGUUGGAUUGCAGUUAACGCGCAAGCAGCUGGCACUGAAGAUACUCGAGCUUAAGGUUGCCACAUGGCUCAAAUGGGAUCUAGAUGCGCUCGAGAAAAGUUUACCCGUGGCGAUGCAGUUGAGUCUGCUGCGUGAUCUCUGCACCAUUAGCUAUGGUCGCCACGUUACCAUUCCAUUUGCCAGUGACUUCGAUUUCAAGAUUGCCUCCACUGGCAAUGAGCGUGCUGCUCGCUUUGCUCUCACCAUCUAUCAUCGUUUGCUGCUUCGACUCCAGCUCAUCAAGGACAGCGCCUUAAAGGCGUCGCGUCCGCUCAUGUAUCAAACCGUUGAUCAAGUGCAACAGUUUCUGGAGACUCCUACGCAGCCUUCCAUUGAGUAUCUUGAGCAGUUGUGCGCCUCGGCCAACAGCAAGCCUUUUCAUGUCUUCCACUAUGAUAGUUUUGUUACGUUAGACUGUGAUCACAUGAACAGCACGCAAAACUACGACAUGAUGCGCCUGAUCUCGCCCCAGGAGCUGCGCGCCCAGCUGCACUAUGAGCUGGCCCAUUAUUACCUCCACACCAAGCAGUAUAUGUUGGCACGCGAAGCUGCCGCCGCAUGCAACAGCAAUCUUCAAGCGCUGCCUGCGAACGCCACGCUUUUCUUCUGUCACAUUCGACCCGCGGAGCUUGAAGGGUUGUUGCAAGCCUGCGGCAUCAGUGCGCAUCAGCAGACGCUCUUGGAGCGUUUUCAUCAAUCGUUGUUGAAUAAUUAUACCGACAUUGUACCCAUACUGCGGCUGGAUAAUCGAGCACGCGAGAUUCCGCUGGUCAGCAGACGUAACGUGGAGCUGGACAUUGAGGGCGCCAUCUCGACGGGACUGCUGAAGGAGACACGUCUGCUACUGCUGCAGGUGGCCGCGCUGAAUGUGGUGCGCACCAUCUUCGAAUGGGGCAACAUCUUCGGCAACGUGGAGUACUUUGAAAAGUAUCGCGACAUGGACUGCAUGCCGCCCAUUGUGGAGGCUAUGCAGGAUGCGCUGACGCACUGUAGCGCCAAGGAGCAGACAGCACUAAAGCACUUCCUCAUCGACUGUGUGUUGCAUCAGCAGCAGGAGCAACAACAGCAAGAUCAGAGUCGGCAACUGUUGCUGACAGCCAAGGAAAUGGGUAUUUUUAGCGCAGAGGAGAUGCUGGAUUUGGAUGAGCAACUGGUGCAGUCCACACAGCCUGUGCUCAGCAACUCGCUGGCCACACUAAACGAUUGGAUAUGCCACUCGAAGAUGACUCGUGUGGAUGUAGCCGCCUUGGAGCGCCAGCUGAUCACGUGUAGCACUGCGAAUAGCGUGCGCAUUCUGCUCGUCAAGCUGUGCGGCACAGCGCCCGGCAAACCAUUGUGGGCCAUUAAUCCCAGUUGGGAUGUGCCGCAACCCCUCAAGGCUCUUAUCAUGGCCAUGCCAGUGAGUUUCCUGCAGGACUUUAGCUACGUGCUGCUGGGCAAAGCUCGUGAGCUGGCCACACGUGGUAACUACAUUGAUGCCGUGUCCAUGCUGAGUGUACUCAAGUCGGAGACACAGCGCCAGGAGCUGGGCGGCAAUGCACAAAUCAUGUGUAAGCUCAUCACCUGGGAGAUACUGCACAUACAAGUCACCCAAUGUCUGGAAGAGUGGCAUCAGAAGCCGCUUGAUCUCACGGCACUUGGUGGGCGUUGCAAACAGUGUUUGGCUGCAUUGCAAGCGGGUGAUGCGAUGAUGCCACGCAUGGAGAUACUCGAAAGUUGCGCCAUCAUGUUGCUCAAUCUGACUGAGUUUCCAGCGCUUCUCUAUCUGGACAAACGCGCAGCGCAACUGGAGUUUCCCUUGGCUUUCGCUUCCACGUUCGUUGAAAUGGAGAAGAUGAAGGGGCCGAAGAAGGCAUGUCGCGAUGCCUGGGAACUAAUGCUGAGCAUGUUUCUCAACGUGCCCAAGCGAGCGGCAUCAGCGGCAGCGGGCAGCGGCACCAACAGUUCGUUGCAAGCGUUUCUGCAGAGGGUACGGCAUCAGAGUGUCUUCGGCCUGGCUAUUUCCAUGCUGGGCAAAAUGCACAACAUACUGAAAGAUGAUCCCAAUCACGAUUUAAGCUGCGAAUACAUGCAGCUCUGGCCCAUCACCAUUACCAAUCCCAAUAGCUACAGUUUACGCAGCGUCUGCGAAACGUUACAGUGGCUGCUGUCGGAGGCACUCAGUCAUUAUCCCCAGACCAUAUCGUGGCUGAAGAUGAAGGGCGACCUGGAGCUGGCCAUUGGCAACAACGAAUCUGCGAUGCGUUGCUAUGUCAAUGCUCUGGUCACCGGCACUGACUAUUGCACAUUGCCACUGCAGCGGAAUGUGGUUGAUGAUUAUGUGAUCAGAAAGAUGAUUCGUUGUGCUGCCAAUUUAGGCUGUCACAUGCAGGCGACAGUGUUGUGUCAGUUCCUGGAGGAGAUCGACUACGGCAUUGUCUUUAAGAAUCUCAGUGAGAAAUCAUCGAACUUUACGGAUGCCAUGGAUGCAUAUUACAGCUGCAUUUGGGACACAACGCUGCUCGAAUUUAUUGUCAAUCUGCAUGCGAAGAGAGGCGAACACAGUCGCAAGUUAGAGGCGAUCUCUAUGAUGGGCACCUUGGAACUAAAUGCCAACAACAAUGAGGAGAUCAAACGAGAGAGCGCCAUGGUGCGAAAGUCACGCUUUCUACGCUCCCUGGCCAAGCAGUAUUUGCUGUAGUCCCUGCUACUACACUACACCAUCCACC